AUAUCUUAUCGAAAGAUGGUCCCAUUUUUGCCAACGCACCCGUUUUUGCGCAUGGCCUCAAGAUAUAUCACGGAUUCGACAGCGCAUUCAGUAGACAGGAUAGAGUGAAUUAUGAUUGCUGACCAGAGGAGUAUUUUGAGCAGCAGUUUCAUAGGACCGAGCAGACGCCUACAGUCUGACAGGUAACACACGCUUUCACAGUGUGCAGCUAUAUGGGUUUGCAUUGCUCUGGUGGACGUGGAUGAGGGUGUCAGCCGCACUCUCAUGCAAAGCGAGUGUUAGUUUGGCAGAACCUCGAACGUCGUCCUGAGAAAACUCUGGUCAGCUCUAAAGUAAUCGGAAGCAGUCUUGCUCAAAUACUCAGCGCGAGCAAUCCGACUCCUCGAGCUGUCUUGCUGACACUUCCCACUUGCUGUUCUAAAAUGUCGGAGAGUGCGGCGGGCCAACAUGAAAUUCUGAUUUUAGUCCCUGAGGCGUCUAGAUCAUCGGCAGAGCAGAUGACCUUUCUAGCUUUUCUGAAACCAAGGGAAACCCACCAAACGUCACGAACAUUAAGCGUUUCACGAAAUGGGCUCCCAAUAUUGGAUGUAUGUUGCGGUUACUUUACAAGGCUGUACGAGAGUGAAGAAGAAGAUGCGACACAGUUGACAGCCUUCAAAUGCGAGAUGAAGAAAGAAUUCUGAUCAGCAGCAGCAGUCUCGGAGAAAUACUAAGAACUCGAUGUUAGGAGCAUGAAGGGACCCAACAAAUGAGCCCAUGACGAUUGCCAGAAAAACUCCAUUUCGCAUGUGAGCUUGCAGAUCUGUUUACCAGAUGAACAUAAGACCGACAUAGUGCUGUUCCCUGUGCCCUGAUUUCUCGUCGAAUAAUCGCAUAUCGUCUUGUCGUUAUUCCAUUUCUCAGGCUUUGCUGCCUGCACGGCCUGUAAUCUCAUAAACGCCUGCUUCGGCUGUUCACUAAUUUGAGGUCUCAUCGAGUGACAAGUGGAUUCGACAUCGGCCCUUCGACAAGGCUUCUGCCGAAGCUGCUGAGAUUCUGAACUUGCAAAUCGCAUAAAAGCAAGAGAACGCUGUGCCACGGUGAGCAGGCGAGCUGUCACGACCUCGUCAUCGUCGUCGAACCAGAGGCAGCCCAGCGUCGACUGCCACCAGACGCUAACCGUCGAAGAGUUUUGCAACGGACAGAGGCAUCUCAUGGUUGAUGGCGGAGGUGGAACCGUGGAUAUGGUGGUGUAUGCGAAAGUCGGCACGCCACCAGAUCCGCUAUCGAAGUCAGCGAGGUCAGGGGGCUGCCAUCUGUCGGACGAUGUCACGUGGACGAAGCCAUCUUCCACUUUCAGACAGCGGAAGAGGAUCAGCUGUUUCAGAUGAUUCGUAGCUACCUACCUCGCUAAGGUUUUAGAGAUCAUUCGAUGUUGUAGGAUUAUCAAAGCCAGCUACGACAGCGACGUGACCAGCUUCACGCUUCCUUUGCUACCCGCAGUGGCCAAUCGCUGGGGAAAAGAUAGCAACUCCGUACGAGAUUCCAAAUCUCCUGAUGUGCAGAUCAACUCCGGCACGCUGAGAAGCACAUUAGAUCCAGUGGCUGACGAGGUCCUGGAUCUGAUCGAGGAGCAUAUGACCGAGACCCUGGAUGCCAUUCCAGCAGUCGGCAGCUUCUACAACUCGCCCUCUCUGCAGGAGGAUCAGGAGCAAUUUCGAGAACCGUGUCAAGAAUAUUGUAGUCCCUCCCUGUCCGGGAGCUCCUGUACUGAAUGACGCAGUUUCCUUCGGAUUCAUCGUAGGAGUCAUGAGCUAGUUCAAGGGUGCAAUUUAAGCAAUUUUCAAGUGCUGAUUAGGAAGGGUGAUCGCAUUCCCAUCAAGAAAGUCGUCAAGCAAGUUUGCGCCGUGUUAUACAGCUAGGACAUGGACGACGACGAGGACGAGACUGAAGUGAUCUUGUCCUACACCCAUUCCAGAGACCCUCAAUACAUCACCGAUCGAGGAGUUAGAAAAGAAGCCGCAUGUGAGAUAGCAUCAGCCAGAUACGCAAACCCCAAGAUAGAGAUCUCGCAGCAAUUUGCAGACAACGCGAUUCGAGGUUUCGUUCAGGGCACAAACCAUCUCACGCUUUCCUCGAGCCAUGAUUCCCAUCAACUGGUUCCCUGGAAGCGACAGUUUGGUCAUGAGCUCGACAAUUGCGAAUGUUAGAGAUUCCAGCGGACAAAUCCCUUGCCAUGUCGAUCGUGUACAAAUCGAUCCAAUCCAAUGACUACGGUCGGGCCAAUGAAUAAAUGUCUCGAUUACCGUG